UGUGAAUUUGGAUGAUAAAACAAACUAAACCAACGUUUGGAUCGAUAUCUGCAUCGAUCUGCACACCCUUGUCUCCUGGAUCGUAGCUGAGAUCAGCGUGAACCACGUGGGUCUCUGCUCCCUGACCUGUUUCCUGUUUGGAAAGAGUUCCAGCUUCAUCACGGAGUUUCUCUCGGUUUGUGGGCUCAUCUAAAGCUGAUCAGCAGGAGGAGAAGAGUCUGACGGAGCAGCAGAGGAACAUUUUCAGCCUUCUGGACUCAGCUGAGUCACUACAGAGGAAACAAUGAGCUCAACACAGAAGGACCAACAUGGACCAAGAAGUCAGCGCUCUCAGGAGGCCGACAAACCUCACAGAAGAAAGAGAGAGAAGAAAUACAGCUGUGACGAUUGUGGGAAGGAUUUUACUCUGAAGGAUUCACUAAAACAACAUCAGGUCAUCCACACUGGAGAGAGACCGUUCAGCUGUGACUUGUGUGGAAAGUCUUUUUCCAGGAAGAAUUCCCUAAAAGCACACCAACUCCUCCACAGUGGAGUUAAAGCAUACAGCUGUGAUCAGUGUGGCAGAGCUUUUAAUCGCAGUAACAACUUACAGAGUCAUCUAGUUACCCACUCUGGAAUUAAGGCGUACAGCUGCGACAUUUGUGGAAAAACCUUCAGUCGGAUAGGGUACCGAAAUACACACCUACGCAUUCACACCAGACAUGAUGUGUACUGCUGUGAAGAGUGUGGCAAAUAUUUUACAACAAACGCAAAGUUACAAUGCCACAUGUUUACCCACACUGAGGAACGACCUUAUAAAUGUGACCUGUGUGAGAAGACUUUUAAAGCUCCACGUUACCUGAGACAACACCAACAGAUCCACACCAGAAAGAGACUCUACAAGUGCAGUUACUGUGAGAAGCAGAGCGACACAGAUGGAUCCAGUUCUCAACCCUGUCAUCGCUGUGGUGGUGGAAAAGACUUUCGUUGUGACAUCUGUGGAAAAACUUUCAGUCAGCAAGUCGGCCUAAAAACACAUCAACGUAGACACACUGGAGACAAACUGAAAUACUGCAAAGAAUGUGGGAGAAGCUUCACCAGAUCAAGUGACUUAAAACAACAUGAACUCUACCACAGUGGGGUCAAAAAGCACCUCUGUGAUCAGUGUGGGUCAUCUUUCACUACUUCAAGUCACCUUAAAAGACACAAACGAAUCCACACAGGAGAGAAACCAUACAAGUGCAGACACUGUGACAAAAGCUUCUCACAUUCAGGUAGUUGUAACCGUCAUGAACGUGCACACAUGGAAGGAAACUACAGCUGUGACCAGUGUGACAAGAGCUUCAGAAAUCUCAGUUCAUACUCCGAACACAAACGAUCCCACGUUACUAAUAAACUGUUUCACUGUUACCAAUGUGCCAAAACAUUCACUUCAUUGUCUGCUCUGUGCAAACACCAACGUGAUCACUCAGGGCUAAAAUCAUUCCCAUCACUGGAUCACAGUGAAUCUGCAGAGACAGAAAGAUCCUCUCCUGGUUUCAGGGUCAGACUCAAAACCCUUGAGAUCAGGCUCCACAGAGUUCAGAUGGAAUCUCCUGUAAAGAUCUGAUGAGGCAGCUAUGAAUGAAAAUGGUUCCCUAGUUCCAUUUUAGGGUUACUAAACGGUUCUGCUUUAGUGUUCGUGUUGAGUGGUUCGCUUUGUUUCAGCAGUUGG